AUGGUGGACAGAGCAGCCGAAGCGGCACGCAGACGCUCACGCUCUGCUUCGUCGAUGGAGCGGCGUGGCGAUGACCAUACAUCCCGCCGUUCACAGGGCGAUGCCCUUGGACCAGCAAAUGGCCCAGCGCCUCUGGGCAUGCCCCAGGCUCGGUCUACCGAAGUCUCGACACCACUGCAGACCGUGUAUCGUCGACUGCUGGGACUCAACCCAUUCAAGACUACGUACUUGAAUCUCUACGACUCUCUCGACACCGUUCUGGACAGAUCCAUUGCAAUCGGGAGUGCCGUCUUCGCUGUCGCCGCUGGUGUCCCAUUGCCAGUCAUUGGGUAUAUAUUCGGUCAAAUCAUCAACGAGUUUCCUCCACCGGAAGCCGCCCUUCAUGACAGAUUGGUGCAACUCCUCGGUGUGGCUGUGGCAUACUUUGUCGUCACGACGAUAUAUUGUAUUGGAUUCGGUCUGACAUCCGAGACUGUGUCCGUGAAGCUGCGUAGAAAGCUUCUGGAAUGCCUCCUUCAUCUGGAUCAGGCGUAUCUCGACACGCAUACCAUCGACGUCAGCGGCCUGCUUACGGAGAAGAUGGACACUAUCCAGGCAGGCUGCUCUGAAAAAGUCGGCAUCUUCAUUCAAGCGCUCUCUUACUUUGUGGCAGCAUUUGUCGUUGGCUUCUUGCUGGAUGCAGAACUUACAGGCAUCUUGCUUGCUUCGGUCGUUCCAGCCGUAUCGAUUUGCUUUUUCGUACUCACUCCCCUCGUCGCCAAGUACAACCGCGCUGCGAACGAGAAGAACGACCAGGCCAACGACAUUGCUGAGGGUGCACUAGGUGCAGUCAGAAUCGUGCAAGCCUUCGACAUGAUUACAGGACUAUGCGCAAGGCAUCUGGAACUUCUCAACGCAGCGACCAAGACGAAUGCCAAAAAGGCCAUCCUUGCAGCCCUCCAGGCUGGUGCGGUCUACUUUAUUGCAUACGCUACAAAUGCACUGGCAUUCUAUGUGGGAAGUCGACGGACGAAUGGAGGCAACGCAGGAACAGUCUACGCCGUCAUCCUACUCAUCUUGGAUGCCUCGUUCGUGGUCGGCCAAUUCGCUCCUUUCCUUGAGAUAUUUGCUCGCGCUGCAUCGGCCAAGGAUACCAUCCAAGACCUCAUAGAUGCCAGGAAUGAUCCGAACAAUGCCAGUACAUUCCGGAAAACAGACCACAAGCCUUCACUCCACGGCCAAGACAUCCAAUUCAAAGACGUUGUUUUCCAAUAUCCUGCCCGGCCAACCGUCAGGACUCUGAACGAGGUCUCCUUCACCUUGAACAAUGGCAAGUUUACCGCAAUUGUAGGCACAUCUGGAGGCGGCAAAUCGACCCUGGUUGCGCUGUUGCUCGGCAUCUACGACUACAGCGGCCACAUUCUUGUCGGUGACGACGAUGUACAGAAGAUCGACUCUGGUUACCUUCGCUCGCAGAUCGCCGUCUUGGAUCAAGAUACAAUCUUGUUCUCGGGCACAAUCUUCGACAAUGUGUGCUACGGCAUCAUGGGACAGAGCCUCACAGAGGAUGAGAAGAGAUCUCGCUGCACUCAGGCAUUGAAAGAUGCCAACGUCGAUUUCCUGGAACAACUACCAAAUGGCGUCAACACACGCCUAGGAAAUGAGCUCCAGUUGUCGGGUGGUCAACGCCAAAGGAUAUGCCUUGCCCGCGCGCUGAUCAAGAAUCCAGCGAUCCUCGUGCUGGACGAGCCAACCAGCGCACUAGACGCACGAAGCGAAGUGGCCGUCGUGGACGCAGUCAAAAAGGUGGCGUCGAAAGGGACGACCGUGAUCAUGAUCGCACAUCGACUGUCGACGACACUGGACGCAGAUCAUAUCAUUGUCAUGAGCGACGGAAAAGCUGUGGAGCAGGGUUCACCACGCGAGCUGUCGGGCGAGGGAACAAUCUUCCGUGGUUUAUUGGAUGCACAGAAGACGACAUUUGACCAAGACAGAGAAGAGUCGCCGGAGAAGACCGAAGUCCUGCGCAAAGAGUCCAGCUUCAGUGACCUGACGAAAAGCGAAGAAAAGGUCACAAACGCAGCGACCUCGAAGACAGAAGAACUUCCACCGAUGGGUCUUCUAACGGUGGCCAAACGACUAGGAGGUAUCAUUAGGCCCGACUCGAUUCUCGUGGCAUCUGGACUUGUGGCGUCCGUCAUCAGCGGAGGCAUCAUGAUCGGCCAAGCCAUCGUGUUUGGAAACUUGAUCACCGUCCUCAACACUGGCACUGCCAGCCCUUCCUUCUACAGCGACGUGAAUUUCUACUCGCUGAUUUUCUUCAUCUUGGCCCUCAUCGCGCUCGGCUCGUACGUUGGGAGUGGGAGUGCUUUCGGAAUCACCUCGAGCCAUGUGACCGGAAGCGUCAAGGCUCGCAUGCUGCACAAAUUAUUGCACCUCGACAUUCGAUGGUUCUCCGAGCCAGGACACUCUACCCAGGAACUUCUCUCAAGCUUCACCAAGGACCCAUCCGAUCUUUCCGCAUUGGGUGGCGUGGCGCUGGGUGCCAUUUUCUCGAUUAUUACCUCGACGAUUGGCGGCGUUGUAUUGUCACUCGUCGUGGCGUGGAAGAUUGCCGUGGUCUUGCUCGCCGCCGUGCCUGUCAUGGUCCUUGCUGGUUACGCCAGACUCCGAAUCUUGACGGCGUCGGAGAACAAGCAUCGCGAAGCUUUCAGUGAAGCCACUGGACUCGCCGCGGAAUCGUGUCGCAAUCGUCGCGCGGUCACAGCUCUCUGCCUUGAAGCGCAUCUGCUCGAAGAGUACGAGGAAGCCCUUCGCAAACCGCAUCGAGAGAUCCAGACUUUCAUCUACUUGUCUAGCACGCUGCUCUCGUUCUGCUUUUCCAUCACAUACUUUGUCUACGCUUUGGCGUAUUGGUGGGGAGCGAGACAGGUCCGAAACGGCACAUACUCAAGCACGGCAUUUUUCAUCGUGCUGCCAGCACUUCUUUUCUCUGCACAAUCGGCAGGCCAAUUCUUCAGCCUGAGUCCGGAGAUUGCGCGAGCGAAGACUGCCGCAAGAAGCAUCUUCACACUGCUAGACGCAAAGACGCAGAUCCUGCUUCCUAGCAGUUUAGAGCGCCUGAAGGAGAGAUCUUCGACGACGUCCUCCGUGAGCACAGACCUUGUCAGCCAAACAGCAGUGAACGGCGUGGGAUCAGAUGGGAAGAUUGCAAAGCUGAGAUUCGAUGGGGUCUCGCUCACGUACCCUAAUUCCUCGCAGCCGUCACUCAACAAGAUCGAUCUGUCCAUCGGAGCCGGCGAAUCUGUGGCAUUCGUCGGGCCCUCGGGGGCAGGCAAAUCAUCGACGGUAGCGCUCAUCGAGCGGUUCUACGACACGACCGCCGGGUCCGUACUCUACGAUGGAGUCAACAUCCGCGAGAUGGACGUCAGAAAGCUGAGAAGCCACAUGGGUCUGGUAUCUCAGGAUCCAGAUCUCUUCACCGGCUCUGUUCUUUACAACGUGAAAUUGGGGGCGCCUUCCGGCGAGACUGUUUCUGACGAGCAAGUCAUCGCAGCUUGCAAGAAGUGCGGUCUGCACGACUUCAUCACGAGUCUACCAGAUGGCUACAACACCGACUGCGGAUCGAGCAGCUCCUCACAACUGAGUGGAGGUCAGAAGCAAAGGCUCGCAAUUGCCCGGGCUCUCGUCCGCGAUCCGGACGUUCUGUUGCUAGACGAGCCAACGUCUGCAUUAGACGCACACAGCGAGGCCCACGUCCAAGCAGCACUCGCCGAAGCCGCCAAAGGCCGCACUACGGUGAUCGUCGCUCACCGCCUGGCCAGCAUUCAGCACGUGGACAAGAUCUUUGUAUUCGAAUCCGGAAGAGUGAUCGCACACGGUACGCACGCCGAAUUGGUCGCCGAGGGUGGGUUGUACGCCAGCAUGGCCAAGGCGCAAUCCCUCGCGUAG